AUGAAAAUCUUCGUAGCAGUUCUGACCGUUGCGGUCUUUGUCGCCUGCACUUCCGCUGCGGUGUUGCCAGAACUGAUGGACGAAGAGUUGCAAUACGAAAUGAAUCCUCUCGAGCAGGGAGGGAUAGUCGAAUCUCAUCACGUUCAAGCUCCCGGUGUUCUCGCGGCUCAUUCCAGACAGCGUCGUUUCACCUGCGACGCAUUCUCUUUUUCAUCCGCUUGGGUGACUCCCAAUCACACAGCAUGUGCGCUCAAGUGCAUCGGCAAGGGUCGCAAGGGUGGUUACUGCGAAAAUAAUCGUUGUAUCUGCAGAGACGAUAAAUACAUCGGAUAG